AUGUUUAACCCCCACAUUUUCCAGGAAGGCAGCAACGAAAGCAGCAGCACUGGGGGCCUGCUUACAGUGGAUGUGCUGCACAAGCGCGGAUCUGCACCCCUGUUCACUGGGGGCAGCCGUCUGCUGCACAGAGGAAACCCAGGAGAGAUAAAGAGUGUCGAUGGACUUGAGGGCGGGUUCGGGAGAAUAACAGGAAAUGAAGAAAAAAAUAAUGGGCUCUUUGAUUCUGCGUUUAAAACCGUAUUUGGGCUGCUGCUGCCAGUGGUUCUCGCGUCGGCUCUGGGUGGCAGCGCGACCGCAGCAGCAGAUACGGAUGUGGGAAAACAACAGUGGUCCCACCACGAAGGCCACCACCACAAGCACCACAAAAAGAGGCAUCACUAUCACCACCCAUAUGGCAAACAUAGCCACGAAGAGCCGCAGCAGCAAAGCGGGGAGCCGAACAUUCCGCACACGCAGGCACACGCGCAGCCUCACGAAUCUUCUGUCUCAAAGGAAGGCUCAAGCACAGGCCUUCGGCACCCCAAAGCAGAUGAACUCGCGAACAGCAGCAGCAGCAGCAGCAGCAACGGCACGAAUAAUACCAGAAGUGCUGGCGGUGCCUGGCUGCUUCUGUGUGGAAUGGCUGUGUUGGUGUGCAUGGGCAUUGUAGCGGCCUGGAGAGCUCUGUUGAUUAGGAAGCUACGCAAGAAGAAUUUGGGAAAAGAAAGAGACACAGAGAGUCUGGUGGAGAGGCCCCAUGCACAGUAA